GUGCUACAGCAGACAGACAGAGUCAGACAGGCCCAAUAAAUGUAAUCCCCGGAUUUCUUCCACUUUGUUGGAUUGCAUUGGAUGUGACAAUGGACAGUCCAAAAUAUAAUAAAUGAAAAAUAUAAUAUGUGAAAACAAAGACUUGAACCUCUGCUUUUCAUCUCCCGGAGAGGGUGUCCGUUGUUGUAGCUGUAGAAGAAGAGUAUGGAAGAAGAGGCCGAAAAGGAGCUUCGUAUGCUGGAAGAUCAAUAUCCCAACCGUUAUGAGUACCUUAAGCUUGAACUCAACCACUUCAUCUCUCUUCUUCACUCUCGUCAAACAACCUCUCAGCUUAUUAAUACUACUACUGCCACUACUCAAGAAUCAACGAGUAGAAGGAAGAGGAAGAAGAGUAGUACUGAAUAUUACAGGAGCAGAUAUUGGGUGGAAUUAACGGCAGAAGAUCAAACACGGCAAGAGUUUGAUGAGCAGAAAGAUAGGAUAAGUAAGAAAGGGGAUCGAGUUGAAGUAGUUCUUGAGAGAGCUCAUGCUUGUCUCCGAAAGAUUAAACACCUCAAAGCGUCCUUAUUACCAUGACUCAUCAAGAGCAAUGAGCAUGAUAUGACCAUCCACAAUCCAUUAUACUUCAAUAUCAAUCAUUAUUUUGUUGUAUAGUCCAUGUCUCUGAGAUUCCAGGCCCCCUUAUGCCGAUGCACAAGAAAUGGAAAUGUUGCCUCAAGGGAUUAGAUUA